UGUACGUUAGUCAAAAUGGGUACGAGUAAGCUAAAACGUGCCAUAGGAGCCGUGAAAGAUCAGACAAGCGUAGGAUUAGCCAAAGUCGGAGGUCGAAGCAGUUCUCUAACGGAACUCGAAGUAGCCAUCGUGAAAGCAACGCGACACGACGAAUAUCCAGCAGAGGAGAAAUACGUCAGAGAGAUAUUAAGCCUAACUUCUUACUCACGCAACUACGUAAACGCUUGUGUCUCUACUCUCUCGAGGCGUCUCAACAAGACCAAGAACUGGUCGGUUGCUCUCAAAACCUUGAUUUUGAUCCAACGGUUGUUAACAGAAGGCGAUCGAGCCUACGAGAAAGAGAUCUUCUUCGCGACCAGACGAGGAACAAGACUGCUUAACAUGUCUGAUUUCAGAGAUGCGAGUCGAUCGGAUUCGUGGGAUUACUCUGCUUUUGUUCGGACUUAUGCUUUGUAUUUGGACGAACGGCUUGAUUUCCGGAUGCAAGGAAGAAGAGGGAAACACGGUGAUGAUUCCGGUGAGGAAGAUGAUCAUCGAGAGACCAAAACCGAUAUUCGGUCGAGAGCUCUUGUGGUCAAGUCUAAACCGGUCACAGAGAUGAAAACAGAGAAAAUCUUUACCAGAGUACAACGUUUACAACAGCUUCUCGAUCGGUUCUUGGCUUGUCGUCCAACAGGUAAUGCAAAGAACAACAGGGUGGUGACUGUGGCUCUUUAUCCGAUAGUGAAAGAGAGUUUUCAGAUAUAUUACAACAUAACAGAGAUAAUGGGAGUAUUGAUAGAUCGAUUCAUGGAAUUAGACAUUCAUGAUUCGAUCAAAGUCUACGACAUCUUCAGCCGAGUUUCUAAACAGUUCGAUGAGUUAGAUCCGUUUUACGGAUGGUGUAAGAACAUGGGAGUUGCAAGAUCUUCAGAGUAUCCAGAAUUGGAGAAGAUUACACAGAAGAAACUUGAUCUCAUGGAUGAGUUUAUAAAAGAUAAAUCAGCUUUAGCCGCACAAACGCAAAAGUCAUCAUCAAAAAAGUCUAACAAAUCUGAGGAAGAUGAGAAAAAAACAGAGGAAGUUCAAGAAAUUCAAGAAGACUUAAACGCCAUUAAAGCAUUACCAGCUCCGAAUCACGAAGAGGGAAAAGAAGAAACGGAAACAAAGAAAGAUUCUGAAGAAGUGGUUUCAAGAAAAGAUCAAGAAGGUGAUUUGCUGGAUUUAACGGGUGAAGCGGAUGAAACGGCAGGAACGGUUGGUGAUAGUUUGGCGUUAGCGUUAUUCGACGGAGCGGUUGCGACUGAGACUGCGUCUGGACCGGGAUGGGAAGCGUUUAAUGAUGAUUCAGCGGAUUGGGAGACAGCGUUGGUGAAAUCGGCGACGAGAUUGUCGGGACAAAAGAGUGAGCUUGGAGGAGGGUUUGAUAGUUUGUUGCUUGAUGGAAUGUAUCAAUACGGUGCGGUUAAUGCGGCGGUUAAAGCGUCUACGGCUUAUGGAAGUAGUGGAAGUGCGAGUAGCGUUGCGUUUGGUUCUGCAGGAAGACCAGCAGCCUCAAUGUUGGCACUGCCGGCGCCGCCACAAAUGGCGAACGGAAACAGAAAUGGAAGCAAAACUCCGGUGACGGUGGACCCGUUCGCGGCGUCACUGGAGGUGGCUCCACCACCGUAUGUGCAAAUGAAUGAUAUGGAGAAAAAACAGAGGUUAUUUAUAGAAGAACAAAUAAUGUGGGAUCAAUACAACAGAAAUGGAAGACAAGGACACAUGAAUUUCAGACUAAACCAACAACAUCAUUUUCAAGUUCAAUACUCCAUGGGACCUUAUUCCUACACACCUCACUACUGAAACUUAAAAACAAAAAAAAUAUCGCCAUUGAAGAUGAGGAGCUAUCUCUUGUCUGAAAAAAAGUGUAACUCUUAAAUGAUUAUUUUUCUUUGUAACAAUUUAUUAGAAAAAGGGAAAAUGACCUUAACUUAAGAUUUACGUC